UCAUGUAAAUUUAAUUGAAAUUUAAAGCGUAGCAUGGCGUCGUUCACCUCUACUGCAACUUCCAGUACAUGCCACGACGAAUGUGUGCCUGUGGACAUGGCCCCCGUAUUGUUAAGAUUUCCAGGUCCACCAAAAAUUCAAGGCGUCCCUACUUUGUCUAUCCCCGCCCUGUGGUGAGUGACCAUUCUUUACUGGUCAUAACUGUAUGAACAUUAACAACCCAUGAAACUAAUAGUUCCAUAAUUUGCACUCAUCAGCCCUGUGUCAGUUGGAUUGGUUGGUGCGAAGAACGAAGGCGAGAGAACCAAGACUAUGCAUCACCCAGAGAUGAAAUUGCCAUGCAAUUGCAGGCUGAUGUCGUAGACAUUCAACAAUCCUUGUGUGUCCUUAAGACCAUUGUGUAUGUGCUCUGCAUUGUCGUUGUCAUUUUGUUGUGCCGUAUGUAAGCACCGUUACCAUUUUGUCAGUAUGUAGUUAGUAUGUUGGUAGUAUGUUGUUGCAUAUGGGAGCUGUAUUAAUAACUAUCAUAUUUUUGUCCAUUACUAACUUGUGUGUCCUUAGGAAAUUUGAGAAAAAAAAAGGAUAGGCUUGAAAACAUAGACAGAAACAGUUGAAGAAUAAGUACAUGAGCUUGAAAAAAGAGUGGCAAGCGUGGACAAAGUUAAUCGAUUCAAACAAACGAGUGUCAGGGAUAGGCUUUGAUAGUGACACCAGUAUGUUUCAGGCACUUAAGGAGUGGUGGGACAAGAUGGAAUCGAUAAACAAGAUGUGUGCCAAGUUCAGGAAAAAAACCUUGGAACAUCAUGAGUUGAUGGAAACGGUCUUCAUGGGGGCAUCAGCUACUGGUAAGCACCAUUGGACCCCGGGAGAGAAACUCGCUGAAGCUGCUGACGACUCAUCUGAUUCAGUGCACAGUUUGGGAGCCCAGCCAUUUGCUGAUCCGAUACCCGCAGGAGUAUAGGACGUGGAUUCAGAUUCUUCAUUGGAGCAUGUUCCAAUUGAAAAGGGGAAAAGGAGAAAGACGCCAUCAAGCAGUGUUUCAAAGUCCAAGAAGGCAACAAGUGGAGCAUCAGUUAUUGCGGAAAGCAUGAACAAUCUGACAGAUGUGGUGCGUACGAAGAAUCAGCAGGUAGGCAACGAAUCGCUGUAUACUAUUUCGAAGUGCAUGCAUCGCCUAACGAGUAUUCCAUCCCUGGUUGGUACGCCGUUAUUCCACUUCGCCUCGACACUUAUGGAUAACGCCGAUUUGCGGGAGGUGAUGAUGUGCCAACCUGAUGACGACUCUAUCAUAGGGCGGCUUACACAAAAACAGCUCUAGUGUACUGCAUUGGCGCCUUUUGCAAACCUGUUUGGGGCUUGCCGGAUGUGAUGUAGCAAUGUUAAGAGUGUUGAAGAUGCCUAUCCUUCUGUUGCAUUAUGAAAACUUUUACUUAUCCUAAUGUUGGCACUGUAUUAAAACAGGAUGUGUGUGUGCAUGUUUUUAUUCCUUUUUUUUUGUGGUUUUUAUUGGUACUUACGGUGGACAAAACUUUUAAUUCAGUGCAUGGGUUGUCGUUCAUGGAAGC